ACAAGAGGCGCUAGAAAUAGCGAGAAACCUAGUAGUCCAAGCAGCUAAUCUAGCUGAAAAUAACCCCUCGCAGCAGACUAGCCUACUCGACCUAGUAGAAGUCUUUAGAGACUACACUGAGACAGGAAGAGUUAGCAAGAAGAACGCUGUAAUCCUGGGAGAUCAGAUCUCCUCGCUAUCUAACGUCUCAAAGGAGCUUAGAGAUAAGGUUCGUCGUCUUGACAAGCCUACCUCUACACAACCAAACCAGCGAGAAAAGAGUCAGAUAACUGCUCUUACGCAGCCUAUAUCAUACGCUACAGCCGCAGCAGCAAACAAGGAGCAACAGUGGACUACUGUGCAGAAGAAGACACCUCAAAAGGCUAAGCCCAGCCUCAAGGAGAGGCAGCUAGUCCUAGUCAACCAAGGAGCUCCUACUGCCUUUGACGCCCUCAGGCUAAGAAACGCCUUCAACCAGGCCUUUACCUCUAGAGGAGGAGUACAAUCGCCUGUAGUCGCCUCAGUCACGCUAUCCUCAAAGGGGAAUAAGGUGGUUACUACUACGCCUGCCUUCACGGCCGAGUACCUACUAGAAAACCAGAGUAUCUGGAAGGACCUAGUAGCCUUUAAGGCAGCGCAGCCUAUUACCUCGUGGUUUAAAGUAGUGAUCCACAAGCUUCCUACUAACCACAGCCUGGAAGUAAUUAAGGAGGAGAUUGAGACCUUUAACAAAGGCCUUAAAGUAGUAGGAACUCCCUUUUGGCUCACUCCUGAGACUAAGAGAGGACAGCAGAGCUAUGGCUCCGCCUGCGUCGCCUUUGCGACUGAAGAAGAGGCUCUUAAGGCUAUUAGAGGAAAGCUCUAUAUCCUAGGAGAGAGCCUUCGAGCAGAGAAGCUACGAAGGAUAGCUCCUUGAGGCCUAGAGUACUCUUCUAUAUUAGAAAAGACCUAGAAGUAGAGGUUAAUCCUUUUAUUAGCGACGACAACGACUUUCUAGCUAUCAAAGUAUUAGCCCCUACUUCUAGCUUCUAUAUCUAUAACAUUUACAACGAAAAAAGCCUUCUAGAAGGGCUAAGCGAGACGACAAUACAGAGGCGCCUCCUACAGGAGACCGUACAGCCUCAGUCAAUUAUUCUAGGAGACUUCAACACCCACCAUCCUAGAUGGAGCCUAGAAGAGCGCAGCCCUAGCACCCAAGCAGAGGAUCUAG